AUGACAGCACGCAUAGAAAAGGUUCUAGCGUCCAAGGAUCCUGCCUUGACGGAUGAAAAUGACUGGGAGGAGUUCACCUUGAACGAUGUCAAGGUCUACAUUCCUGGCAAGACGCGCUAUGCGAACAUCCUCUCUGCUUCGGCGGAUAACCCUUUAACGGUUACCGGGCAGCUAGACGAUGUUGAUGAAGAACAGGAAUCACUCGAAAUCUACAAUUGGGAUACCCCUCCAAAGUGUUUCCUCCUUGCUGACGGCACGUCCGGUUAUCCUGCAGUUUUGGACGGCGACUACCUUAAAAAACGCGUGAUCAUUCAAAAUGUGACACACUACGCAUACGGACAAGACGGCGAUGGCGGAGUUGGGGUUUGGGCAGCCGGCGAUGCGGGGUGGUUCUCGAUUUCUCCUGCGAAGGGCUAUAAGCCGAUGUUCAACGAUGUCGUGGAGGCCGUUGAUCUGCUAUAUUUCCUAGUAGAUCAGAAUAAGCCCCGGAAACGGAGAGGGAAGAAUUGGAAACCUACAUGGGAUUUCCUCUUGGAUGAGUAUACACGGCACACUCACGGCGCAUGCGAGGAUGUAGAAGAAUCAUUAGAGGUCUUCCGCAAACACCACGAAUUUUUGAUACGGCAGAUGGUCCAGGGGAGGGAGGGUAUUGACUGGCCAAAUACAUUGGUUUAUGCUCACCUACGUGAAGAGUUCCCGGACGCAUUCGAUGAUGCAGAACAGGACUCAGAAGACGGAGACCUGCAUACAGAUGCGGCCGAUGCGUCCGGCUUACGCAGCGCGGACUUGGAAAAAUCCCAGGCAAACACUAUAUUCGAAAUCAUUCUAGGAAUGAAAGAUGCUGGACUCCUAGCACAGCGGAAGCUGAACUUGAAGAGUGUGGCUGAGGAAUUGCUGAAGAGAUAUGAAAUGAGCUCAUUAGAGCAUGCAACCAAUCUCGUGCACUCCAGGGCAGGAAGUGUUUUGGGGCUUAUGGAUGAGGCGCAAAGUCCAUCCUUGGACUGGUCUCGAAAGGCAAUAUAUCGACAGUUGAAAGAAGUUGCGGAGCUGGAGGAUCUUCCUCCUGUUGGCGCCACGCCUCUUCAGCUUCGGCAGGACCUAGACGAGUCUGAUUCGGCCUCAUCUCCCAACUCGGAGCCAGAAGAGGAGGAGGAGGAAGUCCCUGCUAAAAAGAAUCGCAAGAGAAGAAAUCGCAAAUCGAUCCUUCGGCCAAAAAUGAGUUCAGUAUCUGAAAAGGCUGGUAAACGGAACAGAGAUUAUGCCUCGGUUGAUUCUGACGAAGACAUGGAAGAUAUCAUAGUUGCGGACGAUACGCCGACAAAGGGGGGAUCGCUACUGAUGCAUGAACAAUUGAAUAUGGAGGUAAAUAACAUGCCUCGCCUUUCCAAUUCCGAACGAAAUGAAGCCGACCAGGAUGCCGAAAACGACACUUCUGCAAUUUCCAAUGGUCAUAUCCCGCCGGAGACAUGGGUUUGCCCUGUACCAGGUUGUGGUAAAAGAAUACCAAAAGCGACAUUGAAGCGAUCGAAAGAAGCCAUCGACGACCAUAACCUUGUCCACGCUGAUGAUACUCAAUCAAAAGUCGACUUGGUAUUCGCUGAACAGCGCCUCAAUGUGAACGCCUCGGUUGGCAAUCUUCUAAGCCGUAUCCGCGAUUUCGGUGGCACUGCGCUUCCAGAUAUAAUGGAAGAUCCCAACAACCUUACAACCACAAACACGAAACCAUGA